UUGUAGAAGGUGGGUGGGUGGAGCACGUUUAUUGAAAUUGAGUAGGAGAAAAAAAUGUACACUGACCAUAGGUCAUCGUUCAUCACUGUCACUUAAUCCCUAAUUUAAACUACACCUGGUAAUUUCAUGAGCAAGCGCAAAUUCUACGAUCAGAACUUUUCGCAUUUAGUGCUGCUAACAUUUUCAGCUUGGUCAGUCUUCAGCGUAUUGGAUAUUUUUUACUAGUGUAAUUUAGCAUAAGAUGGCAGGGAGAAAGCAACUUUCAUUUCAAGAUAAACUUAACGUUAUUAAAGAUAUUGAUGAUGGAAUGAAGCAGAUUGAUGCAGCUAGAAAAUACGAAUUAUCUCAAUCUACAGUUGCAACGUUUCUAAAGAAAAGAAAACAGAUCGGAGAUACUGUAAGUUCAAAUUUAAUUAAUCCAAAGCGUAAACGACUAAAAGUCACAACUAAUGAAAACAUUGAUGCUGCCAUCUUAAAAUGGUUUCAAGAGAUGAGAGCAACAAAUAUCCCGAUAAAUGGGCCCUUGUUAUGCACACAAGCACGUAAAUUCGCAGCAAUGCUAGGGAACGAAACUUUUAAAGCUAGUAAUGGUUGGCUAAUGUGUUUUCGGGAUCGACAUGGAAUAACUUUCCAGGAAGUUCACGGAGAGAAAAAAUCUGCUCCGAUUAACGAAGCAAAUGAAUGGAAGAAAGAGAAGAUGACAGAUAUUCUUCAAAAGUAUAAACCAGAGAACGUUUACAACACAGAUGAAUCUGGGCUGUUUUUCAAUUCCUACCCGAUCGAACAUUGGCAUUUAAGGGUGAAAAAUGUUAUGGCGGAAAAAAAUCAAAGCAAAGAUUGACUGUUCUUCUGUGUGCCAAUAGCACAGGGACACACAAAAUUCAACCUCUUGUUAUCGGCAAAUCAUUGAAGCCGAGGUGCUUCAAGAAUGUGAAAAGUCUUCCCGUGGAAUAUAAAGCCAAUAAAAAAGCUUGGAUGACUUCUAAGUUUUUUUCUGAAUGGUUGUUGAAGUUAGAUAAAGAAAUGAAAAAGAGGAAGA